CACAGUUUUAAGAUGCCAGCCACCACGGAGAGGCACACUGAGAUAAGUGGGUGUGAGCUGAGCCCCGUUACCUGAUUUAGUAACUGUCAGCCGAGUAGCUUUACCCAUCCCUUCCUCUGUGUAUUAGCCAGUCACUUGGCAAAUACACUUGUUACUGGUGACAGUGAGCAAAACCAAAGCUUGUUGAGAAAUCACCCAGAAGAAGAGAGAACUCAGUAGCUGGCAUCUUUAUAGCACUUUUCAGUCUGGACUUACAAACAAUACAUGUGUAACCUAAGUCUCAGGCUGUUUUGGUGAAGCAGAAAUGUGUAGUUGUGCCCAUUUCACGGAUAAGGAAAAUGAUUUGUCCUUAAUUCCUAGGAGACGAGGAGGCAGAGAGAGGAGGAGAACUUCUGCCUGCCUCCUGUCCGUCUUUUCAAGCCAGCCUGUUCUUACAGGAACCUUUCUGUGAGGCAAAUGUUUUUUCGCUGCCAGCAGCUAUACAAAUACACUUGCAACACUGUGUGCUUGAAAUCCUCUGGCAUGCUUUGUAUCCACAUGCAAAGUCGAUUCUGGGAGACCAGGUCUCUGGCAGAAGCAAAAUGCUAAGUUACUUCACAGUGUAGGCGCACUGUAUGAUGCACCACUCAGUAACGCAUGAGAAGGGAGAGCCAAAAAAAAAGUGGGAAUAUGUUGUAAGGCAAUACCACUAAGGUGUAUGGACAGACAUUUCUUGGCCUGUCUUCAAGACAGCUUCCUGCCCGGCAUCCAGCUCCAUAUGGAAUAUGGUUGUUAUUGCAUUUGUGGCACACAAAAGGCACCUAUUUAUCAGAAACUGAAAGAACAAGCCUAACAGCAUGACUAAUGCACCUCUGCGGAAACUUCCCAAGUACUCCACAUGACAGGCACUCAUACAGCUCCUGAACAGACGCCAAGGAAAGGACAAACAAAGGGUGAUAAGUGAGGCUGUGAACUUCAUGUGGUAUUCAGAGACUAAUGCUGUUAGCCCCAGAGUCUGAGUGUUCUUUGCUAAUGCCGGGGGUGUUACUGAACAGGCUAUGCAAACUGCUGGCUUAGUCUUCGAUUUUUCUCCAGCUCGAGCCCAUGGAAAAGGUCAGAUUAAUAUCUGAGGCACGUAAUUGAAUGCUGGCUGAUGAAAUAGCUCCGUAUUUCUACGCGGAUUGUGUACUCUGCUGCAAAGAUUUAUGGCAGACAUCCCUGAGUGGCCUCAGCACAGCAGUGGGGUAUCCGCUGGACACAGUGAAGGUGAGAAUUCAGACAGAGAGGCAUUACAAAGGCAUUUGGCACUGCAUUCAAGAAACAUACAGGACAGAAAAAGUUCUGGGAUUUUACAAAGGGGUGUCUGCAUCAGUUUUCUCAGUGUCGCUGAUUUCAUCCGUUUCAUUUGGCACCUACAGAAACUUCCUCUGUAACAUCUGCAAGCUGCGAUAUGGCUCUGCCGACGUCAAGCCUUCCAAGCUGGAUGUUUCCCUGGCUGGAGGUGCCGCUGGUGCCGUGCGGGUAGUGCUGAUGGCACCCAGUGAAGUGGCUAAAGUUCGGAUGCAGACCCAGAGGAACCCCCAUCCUUCUGCCAUGUCUGCCCAGCCCAAUUCCAAGCCAAAGUACCGAGGGUCUCUGCACUGUCUGAAGGUGAUUGCCAAGGAGGAAGGCUUUGGGGGUCUCUACAAGGGCUGCUCUGCAUUGCUCUGCAGGGAUUGCUCUUCUUCGGCAAUAUAUUUCCUUACCUAUUCUACCCUCUGUGACUGGCUCACGCCAGCUGGGAAAAAUAAACCAGGUUUCCUGGUCGUGCUGCUUUCUGGUGGCUUUGCUGGAGUCCUGGCCUGGGGAUUAGCUACCCCCAUGGACGUCCUGAAAUCACGGAUGCAAGUGGACGAAUCGGGGCAGCACAAGUACAGGGGCCUCAUCCACUGCGCGAGACAAAGCGUGAGAGAGGAGGGCGUGAAAGUGCUUUUCAAGGGUCUGGGGCUGAACUGCAUUCGGGCCUUUCCUGUGAACAUGGUGGUGUUUGUCACGUAUGAAGCUGUACUGAGAUUUACGGAUCAUUUUACAAACAAAAAGUAGCUCGUGCAGCACUGUUGUGAGGUGUAUUUUGUUCAGGUUGUUUUAUUUUUGUAGCACAACAUACGCACAGCCGCUGAGCCCUGCUCUCCGCUGAUGGACAGCAUAAGCAGGGACGUUUCAGCAAAACACCGGGUGACUGGUAUCCUUGUUUUCUUCUUACAGGAUUACAAACUCAUCAGGGAGUCUUGCAUUUGUGUACAACAUCCCUUUUAUCUUGUUAAUGUAUUUAUACUGUGGCUGCUGAGACAUUUGCAAAUAUUUAUGCUCUAAAAAGCUGCAAGUCUUACAGAUUUUGGGAAAGGUUUCAUUUUGUUUUCUACCAGCACAGAAAACAACCUUCACUACUGAAUUUGAAGGCAGUUUGUGUAUGAUUUAACGCUAUAUGGUGUGUCCUUUUUACAUGUGUAAUGCCUGUAAGGCAUUCAUUGAGCAAUUUACAUAUUUGUGCUUCAAGCCACAGCUGGUGGACUGUUCAUUCCCAGCUGUAAUUCUGCCCAAGCUCUCUGCGAUUACAUCCCUUCGGUAGCAGCUGAAAUAUGAAUCUCCUUGCUUUUUCCUGGCAUUUCUUCGUGAGUGGCAGAGAUAGUCUGCUUACAUAAUCGCCCUAAUGGCCUCAUUGGAAUCGAAAACAGGCAUCAAUUCUGGAAAUCACGUGUUUUUCUCCCAGCGCAGUCCCCAGCCGCAGAUCCUCAGUCCCCUUCUGGCAGCUGGGUGCACCGCAUGCCUGGCGGUGGCCAGAGCUUCCAAACCAGCCCUGGUCCUGCAAGGAGGGCUGGGGUGGAUGCAAGAAAGCUUUGCUCCUCAGAAGAGAGACUGCCAUAAAAUCUGUGUGUUGGGCAGCUAGGUAAGUUAAAAAAGAAUUGCAAAACUGUAAGAUGUGCAUACCCUUUUCACUUUAAAAUGCAUAUCAGGAGCAGCCAAAUGUAGUGGCUUUUUUUUUUUUUUUUUUUUUUUUUUUUUUUUUUUUUCCCAAAGUUACAUUUUGAUGGAAUCUGGUUUUAAUCUUAAUUUGCUGGUUCUGGCUCAGGGGCAAUGAUGUUUGCUUUCUUCAUUUUUCUCCCUGGGUGGUGACCUCUGGAGUGGGCUGGAUCGGUUCCCCAAUCAGAACCUGUUGGAAAUGUGCUUUUUUUGGAGGGGAAGAGGAAAAUCAGUUUUAAAAAUGAGUUCUCUUACUCAGUUUUGAUGUCCUGGUGAUCCACAUGCACUUUUAGCAGUUGAUAGCACAGACCUGAUUACACUAACAGCAAUUUUGCAGCAGACAGGACUUGGCAGCUACCCUGGACAUGGAAGAAAGGAUCUUGUACUAGAAGGACAAGUUUAAAAAUUUCAGAUGCUACUAGGAAAAAAUAAAGGCAAUCUCUUUCAUAUAUAACUUGUAAAAAGUUCCAGAACUGUCCUGAAGUCUAAGCCUUCAACUUGCUAUUUAGACCUUUCCACAGCCAUGCUAUGGAAUGAUUAUCAGAAUUUUGGUCUCCUGUCCAGCUCUUGCAGCUGAUCCCAGAGCAGGUUUAAGAGGCCAGACAGAUGCAGAGUAUGUCACCUUACAGGGAAGUGAAAUGAAAGACCCAGGACUUAAUCUGACUCUAUCUCAAAGCAUGUACAGCCUCAGCAAGCCAGAAUCUUCACGUUUACCUUUAUGAUGUCAGCUCCAAACCUCCUUUAUCUGAAAGUCCUUACGACAGUAGAUUUAAUUGAGGCCUAAAGGUUUGGAAUUUCUCUUAAGAUGGGUUCCUAAGAGACUAUUACCUUCUCCUCUUUCUACAAGGGAUGCAUCUAACUGAGUGCUGUCCUAGUAGGGCAGGGAUUUAUCCCAGCUCUGUUGGGAUGUUUGCUGGAAUCAAGUUUCUUUACACUGUAUUAUUCUCAGCUGACUUUACUUCUCAGGCAUUAUAUCCUGUGAACAGAGACAGCAAAAUAUGCCUGUAUAUCAGACAAAACAACCAUUUAUUAAUAGGCAGUGUUAAUAUCAUCCAUGGUCAGCCUGAGGUUUGAAAAUAAAUUCUAUAAAUAAAUUCUAUAAAAUAAAUUCUCAGAUUACCCAAUAGGUUCAAGCACUCAGAUGACUAAAAAUGCCUCUUCCUGUGGGUGUAACUGCCAUACAGCUUGUUUCAAGAAGUAGGAAUUACAGAUGAAUUAUAAAAUCAGUGGGAACAACCGUGAAAGCGAAUGAGAGGAGCUGAGAAAUGUGAGCCCCCAGGUAUUCAGUGUCAAAUAAAAGCAGGUUCUCACCUGGCCUGAACAAAUACUGGAUUAGAGGUAAGUUGGAUCUUUAGACAACUUAUUUCAGGAAGCUAACUGCUUGGAAUCCAGCGUCCCACAAGCCUUUACUGAAAAAAAAUACACACCCAGGGUAUGGCUGACAACCUGCUGUAGGGCAAGAACCCACAGUUAGUUCAUGUUGAUAUAAACUACCCCCAGGCAAAGGUAUUGUCUGUGUAAGCACUGUAAACCCAGGCACAUAAAUAAGAACUGACUUUUGUUUAACAACAUGACACAAUGUACAUAUUGUGCAAAUAACUACAUAUACAGCAAGCUGGGUGCUUGGCUUGGGGAUUUCAGAACUUGGCUGCUUUAUUUUCUGAUUCCGUUGUAUUACCUUGACCUUCAGCUACUCUAUUUGCCUCUCUGAUAAUCACAGAACUAUUUCUUCUGAUAUCCAGCUGAAGGCCAGCCAGCAGAAUGAAGAUACCACAUAGCUCUCUGCAUAGGCUAUUUCUUUCAGUAACAAACUUGCUGGCCGUGAAUAAAGAAAUUUUUCUUUAGAAGUCACGUUUUGCUUCAUGCUGCUAAUAGUUCCUGUUUUCUCUGACAGUGGUUAACAAUAUCCAGACGUGUUUCAGUAUUCCUCUUAGUGACUGUGGAAGAGCCAAGUGAAGCUAUUCAGAAUCUGUGCUCCCCAGACAGCUGGAGCCCAUUUAAGUGCAAGUCUUUCACACCAAACCUACAGAAACAUUGUGGUAACAGGUCACAUUGACCUCCCCUUGUUUCUGAGCUGGCUGCUGCACACAGGGAAAUUCAACAUCCAGUCUUCCUUGCAACCUGUUAGUCUUUGGAUGACCGACCCUCAUUACCUUGCUCUGGGAGAAAUUUGAGGUUUAUCUGUUAAGACCAUAUAGAUGGGGUUACAAGGCCCCCUUUUUCACUAUUUGAAAGGCACUGGACAUGAAAACAAUGACCAACUCUAUGGGGUGACUAAGUCAACAACUAAAAGGGAAGGAAGAGAGGUCAAAAAUAGAAAAACAGAGUAAAUUAAGCCUGUUAAAAGUUGAAAAGAAGAAAAACAAAAACAAAAACCAACUACCAAACAAGUUUGAUACAGACUUUUAUCUACAUUUUUAUUACAGUGAGAUAAACAAAAUAUUACAAGUUGAGGAAAAUGUAAUGAACAUUGCCUGAUAACGUCAUUAGACAUUUCACCCAUACAUUUGAAGACUGCCUUGUCUUAACCUUUAAAUACCUCUGGGACGUUAAUUAUAAUUGCAGCAGAUUUAGGAACUUUCCAAGACUCCUCAGAAACUGACAUUUCAGAAGCACAUUUUGUAAGCAUAUGGCUUGCUUAGUAAACAAAUAUUAAUUUUGCAAUUACUUUCCUUUCUAAAACUUUCAGGGCAGAUUUUAACUGCUGUGUUACAAAAUUGAUCCAUAUACUUAAUUAGAAUAGAACACACUACUGCUUCUCCUACAGUGUACUUCCCCUUCCUGAGUAACUAAAUUCCUAGUUAAUGAAAUAAAUCUUGCAGGACAGUUCUGCAUAUAAUGUUUUCAGGAAGAAAUUUGCAUUAUGAGUUUAUAAAAGCCCUUUAAAAGUCACUUGAAGUCUUAUCUUCUAUGCAUAGCUUAAAAACAGCAAAGAGCAGACUGCAAGAACAAGAAGGUCAUCACUGAAGUCUACAGUUACCACAAAUUAGUUUAUUUGCUACUGUAUUUAAGAAGCUAUUUUUCUUUUCUAAGAAUUGCACAAACACUUAAAAAAAAUGCUUUUCUAUUGAUAAGCACCUGUCAGCACUAAGAUACCGUACCCAUGGGUUAUAGAGAGGUAGUGGCUGGUAAACACUUACUUUAAUAUAUUAAAGCUCAUGAGAUUAGAUUAGUGAUACCAGGUCACGUAAACUGUAAUGAAAAAGACAAAACCUAGGCGUUGAUCUUU